UUUUCUUUUGUCUCUAUCCUAACAACAAAUCAUCAAUCUUUUUUCUUGAUUUAAUAAAGUUGAAAAUCUUUGUAUUAAUAUGCAGUUUAUAUUAUUUGAUCAAGUAUAGAUGAUGUUAGAUGGAUGAAUUUUGGUUUUUGGUUUUUUUUGGGAUGGUUAAAUCUUGGAUCCAUUGUAUUGAAAGACUGUUUAGUAUGUUUUAUACUGAAUUGAGCUAACACUGAUAUUGAUCUGUUAUUUUUUUUUUUGGACUAAAAUCAGAUAUUGAUCAUGAUUUUUUAGUUAUUCAAAUGUUAUAGUACUGAAGAUUGCAUCUUUUUCUAAUGGGCAUAAUCAAUUUGUGUAUGAAGACCAACAAAGUUAGAUUGUACUGGGUGUUGUUUCAUGCCAUACAUAAACUCAGACAGUCGAGUAUUUCGUUGGACAGAUAUUCAAAUUCCCUUUUGAGUUCUAGUACCAUGGGAUCUUACAUGAACUUCAAGAACAUUACUGACAAGCCACAGGUGGAGAGCAACGGGGGGAAGUCAGUUGGUAAUGGUGAUUUCCCUUUGGCUAGGCAAUCUUCCAUAUACUCGUUGACGUUUGAUGAGCUUCAAACUACAUUUAGUGGACUUGGAAAAGAUUUUGGUUCAAUAAACAUGGAGGAACUGUUGAAAAGCAUUUGGACAGCUGAAGAGUCUCAAGCUGUGACAUCUUCUACUGGGGGAGGAGAAGAUGGGAAUGCACCUGUAGGAAAUCUACAGAGGCAAGGUUCUUUGACAUUACCUCGGACACUAAGUCAGAAAACUGUUGAUGAAGUAUGGAGAAACUUUCAAAAAGAAACUACGGUAUGUACCCCAGACGGAAGUGAUGGGAAAUCAAACUUUGGGCAGAGGCAAUCUACCUUGGGAGAAAUGACGUUGGAGGAGUUUCUGGUGAAAGCAGGUGUAGUUAGAGAAGAUAUGCAAUCUACUUCAAACUCAAGUGGUAUUACAUUUAACAAUGGUUUAAGUCAACAGAACAACAACAAUGGUUUCAACAUAGCAUUUCAGCAACCAACUCAAAACAGUGGGCUGUUGAUUAAUCAAAUUGCAGCCAAUAACAUGUUGAAUGUGGUUGGUGCCACGGCCUCACAGCAACAACCACCUCAGCAGCAACAGCCUCUUUUCCCCAAGCAAACAACAGUGGCGUUUGCAUCUCCUAUGCAGUUAUCAAAUAAUGGUCACCUGGCUAGCCCACGAACAACGGCUCCUGCUGUUGGAAUGUCCAGUCCUUCUGUAAAUGCUAAUAUGGCUCAAGGCGGAGUUAUGGGGAAGACAGGAUUUCAUAAUGGAGUUUCACCAGCAAAAGUAGGAUCCCCUGGAAACGAUUUUAUUGCAAGGAGCAAUGUGGAUACAUCGUCUCUUUCACCUUCCCCCUAUGCAUUUAGUGAAGGUGGAAGGGGAAGGAGAUCUGGUAGUUCUUUGGAAAAAGUUGUGGAGCGAAGGCGUAGGAGGAUGAUUAAGAACAGAGAAUCUGCAGCUAGAUCAAGGGCUCGGAAGCAGGCCUAUACUUUAGAGUUGGAAGCUGAAGUGGCAAAGCUAAAAGAAAUUAAUGAAGAGUUGCGGAAGAAACAGGCUGAAAUUAUUGAGAAGCAGAAAAAUCAGCUAACUGAUAAAAGGAAUAUGACAUGUGGAUAUAAAUUAAGAUGCUUGAGAAGGACACUGACAGGACCUUGGUAGAAGAAUGAGGAGUUGAAGCAAAAAUUGCUGAGUACAAGCUUAGGCAAAUAGAUAGGUGGAUGGAAUUGCUAGUUAUGAUCUGAUUCAGAUCUACCCUCUUCACAUGUGUGGUAACCUUAUGUGUGGUAAUGAGAUGGAUGGUAUUACCCAUUUAUGUACAUUAUGUAAACGAUUUGCUUGUAUGAAUUCCUCUGUGUACUUUUAAUUUGCUUCACACAUUUUAGUCAUAGAGGCUCUAUGCAAGUAGGAUGUAUCAGUUCCAUAGCUAUCUAUGUAAGAUAGACGUAUUUGGAGUAAACUUUUUUCUGUAAAAAUAAAUAAGAUAUCUAUGAACCAACAA